AUGCUGGGAUCGAAAUCGGGAUUACAGAAGCACGUCAAGGAAGUAGCUCCGAGUGCCAAAGGGGUUCAUUGUAUGAUCCAUCGUUUUGCACUGGCGGCGAAAACCUUUCCUGAUGCCCUUUGCAAGAUCCUGGAGGUAGUGGUAAAAUGCGUCAACUUUGUGAAAACAGGAGAUUUGAACUCUCGCCUUUUCCAGAACCUUUGUAGAGGCAUGGAUUCAGAGCAUGAAACCCUCCUCUUUUACUCCAAAGUGCGAAGGCCUUCCACCGGUAAUGUUGUGUUCGAACUUCGGGGAGAACUUAAGUUGUUCCUGGAAAUGAAAGGGAAGGAUGAUCUACUAAGUCACUUCAACGAGGUGUCGUGGGAGCCACGUCUUGCGUACCUGGCAGACACAUUUGAGCAGCUAAACAGGCUGAAUCUCAAGCUGCACGGCAAGGAAAUAAAUGUAUUUCACCACAUGGAUUGUAUUCGUACAUUUCUUGACAAACUCCAGAACUGGCAAAGGAAAGUCAGUGCAGGAAAUGUUGCCAUGUUUGAAAAUAUCUCAAUUGUUCUUGACGAGAUUGUAGAGGAUCAUCUACUUGACCCAUCACUCAAAAAUGAAAUAAUUCAGCACUUGAAAUCCUUGGAAAGUGAGCUCAAAAGGAACUUCCCAGUGGCCCAAGGUUAA